AUGGAUGCCCAAUUGUGUCAAAUUUUUAAUGUUUUUUGGAAGGAUUUUCCCGAUACAUUAAAUGGUGGAAACUAUCAAUUUAAUGAUAAUGAAAUUUGCCAAACCUAUUGUAAUAAUAAUUGUGAAAAUGACAAUUGUGAGAAUGAUAAUGAUAAAAUUAUGGCUGGAUGGAUAUCCCUUAUUAAAACAAUUUAUGAUCUUGAUUCGAUUGAGGAUGAUAUACCAAAUAAUAUGAAUAUUAACAAAUAUAUUACCAUAUGGUUAAUUUAUAUGUUAAACCUAAAACCUGAUAAUUCCAUCAGCAAUUUAAAUGACUUUUAUGAUCAAUAUAAAAAUCAACGUGGAGGACAUACCUUGGUUUCAACUAAUACUAAAGAUUAUUCUAACAUUAUUGAUGAUCUUAUAAAUAAUACGAAAUAUUUGAUGAAUGUGAAUAAGGGGAUUAUAUCUAAAUUUUAUAAUUUAUUAAAAUCAUUAUGUAGCAUGUACGAUGAUAUUAAUAAGGAUAUAUCAGAUUGCACCCAAUAUUAUGGAAAAGCUAAAAUAUUUUUUGAUGAAUAUCAAGAACUUCUUAAUAAUAAUGAUUUUGAUACUGAUGACAGUUCACAUACAACAUUAUUGCCUAGUUUAUCAAAUAAUUAUGAUAAUUUUAAAAUAUAUUGUGCUGAAAAAUGCACUGGUUGUACCAGUAUUCCACCUCUUCUAACGACAAAAACAACACAAGUUUCGGUAGAAACUUCUACGCCAAGUCAUGUACAAAAUAAUCCACACCUUUCUUUACAAGGUUCUGAGGUUACAUCAUCAAGCUCGUCGAUAGCAAGCAAAUUAAUUCCAGCUUUAUUGAUAUUUGCAAUACCAAUUUUCUUGGGAAUUGCAUAUAAGUAUUCAUUAUUUGGAUUUGAUAAACAACUUCAAAGACAAUAUUUAAGAGAAAAAAUAAAAAAAAUAACGAAGAAAAUGAAUAAUUAUAUAUGA